CAGCUCCUCAUCGGAUAUAUUUUGACAUUUACUCUACUGAAGUCAAGCGUGUUACAUCCACUUAUACCAGCUGCAGGGAGGAUGAUGGAAUGGCACUAUGCGACACCUCGUGCUUGAGGACUCUGAGAAGAGGAAUGAUUGCCCAUGACUAUCCAUUGUGAACUCUGAGAGAAAGGAACAAAGAUACUGAAGAGCAACCCCUUCCACUCCUGCUGGGGUCGCUAGGUGAGUUAUCAGUUCUCCGAUGACUUACCAAGGUCUGAUUUUGAGUGUGGUCUUUAUCAUGCUCUGUAGGACAGAAGCGGAGAUAGUGACACAGAAAAAAGUGGUGGAGGUGGGUGGCAACGUGACCUUGAGCUGCCUCCUGAUGGGAUCAUAUGAAAUUCUGCAAGUUACAUGGCAGAAGAAAAAUACUGGAGUGAAUGAAAAUUUGGCCACAUACAGUUUAUCUAAAGGAGUAAAUAUUGUUGAAACAUAUCGAGGUCGAUUAAAUUUCACGCGCCUGUCACUAAAUGAUACGGCCAUUACCCUCUGGAGAGCUAGAAUCCAGGAUGACGGAUGUUACACAUGCCUCUUUAAUACUUUUCCCGACGGAGCCAUCCCACAACACACCUGCUUGACAGUCUAUGAGCAGCUGAGAGGAUCUCUCCAUUAUGUCGUCUCUGAAGGUAACUUGACAGCCACUUGUUCUGCUACUGCCUGGCCUCGUCCUGUGAUCUCCUGGAUUGUGCCAAAAGCUGAGAGUGAACAGACUGAAGAGGUGGUCACGCACCCCAAUGGAACAGUGUCUGUCAUCAGCAAACUCUAUGUCAACAGUUCUACAAGCCUGGCUGGGCAAUUGCUGAUCUGCAGAGUACAGCACAUGGAGAGAGACAGAGAUUACAGUGUGAAAGUGAAAGACGGGCGGUGGUUUUCAGUUCCUUGGUUGCUGGCCUCAGUGGUCCUACUCAUAGUGUUCGUUGUGUUGGUUCUGACUGUGGUGUGCUGGAGAAGGCGCAGGAAAAAGCAAAGCGAAUUUAGAGCAUCUUAACUCAUCUACUGGAUCAUUCCUUGGCAAACCUGAUUCAGCAUUAGGAGCAGUGACCUGGCAUGGCCUGAAAGUAACAUCAACAAAAGGGAAGUGUGAUUCAAUUUAGACUCUGUAGCUGAAAUACAGGAAUUAAAACAUUGACACCAGAUUCAGACAUAUCAGGGACAGACCUAAUGUCGUCUGUCUCAGUCCCACUGGACAGCAACUAUCCACCUGCUUCUUUCCUCCUAUCUAGCUGAUCAGGUUCUUCUUCAGCAGUGAAUGACUGAUGGAUCUGGAUCAUCUGUCCAUGGAAUUCAUUCACGAGACUUGUUGUUUCCCUUCCUUACAUUCCUCCUUUUGCUGUUCAUGGCUCCAGCCACACUUCAUUUACCCUGCACUACUGGUGAAAGAGCUAUAGAAUUUCAAGACAGGCUGUUAACCAGACAGAGCAGUAGUAGCAAAGCUAAUGAAUAAAAGCUAAUCAUUUAAGGAUUAAAAAAGCCAGAAUAAGUUAUUUUCAAAGGUUGAAAAUGAGGAGCAGAAAGAAGGAGUUAAAAUAAAAUCCAAAAAUAGGACUACUGACAUUCCUCAUUGCUCCUUUUUCAUUCCAUUUUCACCCAUCAUACCUCUUGUGUUUUCUGAAGUAGCAAAUUCCAGCUAGUGCCUCAGCUUACUCCCUGCUGAGUUACCAGAAUGUUUGGACUAGUCCUCACAAUGCCCUCCCUGGGUGUUUACGCUAUUGGACUAGCUUGCUCUAGUUUGCAUUUGGUAACUUAUUUAUACAGAAUAACCAAACGCUUUUGCACAGGGCAGCAAUUAUCCUCCACCUAGAGAUAACAUCCUACUUCUCAAUGUUACAUCAGAUGGCACACUCUGACUUGCCUAAUGGCUGUGCUUUCUGUGACUUCAGGAGCAUUUAUAUAAACGUUUGCAUAAAAUAGAUUUACCCAUGUGUGAUAAAUACAGAGGAGAGCUCCCUUUUAUGGACACCCAUCCAGCCAGUAGCUAUAAAAUCCCUCUUAGUAGCUGUCCUCUAAUUGCUUUAUGUGUAAAGGGUUAAAAAGUCUCACUGCUAUGCAUAAGUAAAAAGAAGUGAGUGGGCACCUGGCCAAAAGAGCCAAUGGAGAGGCUAGAACUUUUUAAAAUUGAAAAACGACUCCCCUUUUGUCUAUCUGUUGUUGUUCUCCUGGGGAGAGGCAAACAGAGCAGAGCUAUGAUGUAAAAAGCUUGGGCCAGGUGUGAAAAAAUCAUCAGUAUCAUACUUAGGAACUAAUCAUUUAAAACCCCAGAUAUGAAAGUAGAUCAGGAAAUGUCUGGGAAGAUGCAGUUAGGUUUAUCCAUUUUCUUUCUUUAUGGCUUGUGGAUUCCUCUGUGCUAACCCCAAGUGCUUUUGUUUUGCCUGUAACCCUGAAGCUGGCCCUCAAGAAAACUGUUCUUGGUGCUUAAUCCUUGUAGUUUCUCUUUUAAAUUCUAGCAAUAGCCUGAUUUCCCAGAUGUAUUUUCUUCCCCCUGCCCCUUUUUUUUUAAAUCUACCUUUUAUAAGAACAGAAUCGAAUUUGUCCUAAGAGGUUAGUGCACAGAUUGUUUAAUUAGCUGGUGGCAACAGCUGAUUUCCUUUUUUUUUUCUUUCCUCAGCUCUUCCCUGGAGUGGGGGGGGAGGUGUGUGUGUGUGAAAGGGCUUGCCAUGGAGGUAACAUGGAAGAAAUUCCCACAGGAAGGAAUUCCCAAGUGCACCUGGGCUCUCAAAGGACUUCUGCACCUGGGUGGUAGCAGCAUCUACCAAUCCAAGGUCAGAGAAAAGCUGUAAUCUUGGGAGUUUAACACAAGCGUGGAGUGGCCAGUAUUAAUUUUUAGAAUCCUUGCGGGUCCCCACCUUCUGCACUGGAAGUGCCAGAGUGGGGAAUCAGCUUUGACACCAUGUCAUGUUCUUAUACAAGGGCAGCACACACACCAUCACUACAAGCUGAGAUCAAGCAUUCAUUCCAAUACCCUUUUUUUUUCAAUUGUCAAUUUUUCUCACAUUCCUUAUGAUCUUAAAGUUUCUAGUGGUGGUCUCAGCCCAAUCUUUGUUUCUUCUUAGUUCAAACAGUCACUUUUGUCAUUUUUGAGUUGUACAAAUGAGAAAAAUAUACUUCUGCUCAUAAUUUCUUAUCAGAAAUUUUGUGCUGAGGCUAACUCACACAGCUGAAGCUAGAAACCAUGAAUGUGGCUUGUUUUGUAAACCUAGCUGAGUAUUAAAAAUUUAAGCCACGCUGGAAGAAAAAUUGACUUCAUCUAAAGUUAUGGCUGUUCAAAAUUGACCACCUCAUGCAGCAUCAACCUUAGGAUUUUUCUGACUUCAAUGCAUUUUGGGAUUUUUUUUUAAGGUUAUCCUGGUUCAGCAUGUUCCAGACUGGUCACUUUAAUUUGGUUAAGGAUGGCUGGGUUUAGCAGGGUCUUGGUUAAAGAAAACCAGCACAUCCUAAGCUUUUUUCUCUAAAGAGGUCAAGUUAAAGAUGUCAUAAACAGAUAGCUAAGGGUUAAUGUCUCUUUCACCUGAAACACCUGACCAGAGGACCAAUCAGGAAACCGGAUUUUUUCAACUCUGGGUGGAGGGAAGUUUGUGUCUGAGUCUUUGUUUGCUGUCUGCCUGCUUUCUCUGAGCUUUGGAGAAGUAUUUCUGUUUUCUAAUCUUCUGUUUCCAAGUGUGAGUACCAAACAUGGUUUUGUUGUUUUUGUAUUUACAUGUCUAUAGUUGCUGGAGUGCUUUGAUUUGUAUUCUUUUUGAAUAAGGCUGUUUAUUCAAUAUUCUUUUAAGCAAUUGACCCUGUAUUUGUCACCUUAAUGCAGAGAGACUAUUUGUAUGUAUUUUUCUUUC